CGCGUUGUUGCAUUUUGCGAAAAAUUCAUCGGCGCGCACAGAUCAUCCACGAUGGGAUGCCACUGGUGGCCGCUGCCGCUCCUGAUCUUCUUUACAACUGGUCUGGGCUUUGGUAUAUCCUUCUUGACCAAGACAGGCGUGUUUGCAACUAGCACGUCGUCGUCGCCAUUUGGAAAGAAGACCUCCGCACCCACAGCAAUUCCUGGAAAAGAUGACGCUCUCGUUCCCCAGCCGUCAGUUUGCAUGGCGCGCAACCAGUAUUUGAAAGACAACAAGACGUGCACGACAUGCCCGGGGACGAAAAGCGGAAACUCGUUCAGCGUGUUCUGGGAAUCCCAAGCCGACGGAUGCCAAGAGUUUGCCGCGAGCGAGGCUGCCAAAUACGUGACUCACAUUUACUGGGGGUUCGCUACAAUUGAUGCAACGGGCGCUGUCAGCCAAAAGCUCCAGGGAAAUGAUGCCACGUUGACCGCAUGCAUCAAGACUUUCCAAAACAUGUGUAUUCAGAACUACGUCAGCAUCGGCGGUGCCACCGAGCGCAAAACGUUUCUUCAGCUCAAGACACAGGAACAAUGGAAUACAUUCGGGAAGACUGCCGCAUCGCUCGUCCAAAAAUUUAACUUUACCGGCGUCGAUAUCGACGACGAAAGCGGCAAUGCAGACGCGGGUGGCGACUGGUACAAGAAUGCCCAGCCGCAAGUUGUUGGGUACAUUUCAGCGUUGCGCAAACAACUCGAUGCAUUGCCGCGCGGUCCAUAUCGAAUCUCGUGGGACGAAUUCCCUGGCUCGUUUGAAAAAGGGUGCGACGAUCCAGCCGUCGAGUACGGUCGGUGCUUUCCCACCGAAAUUUUACCGCUCGUCAAUCAAGUAAACAAUAUGCUGUACAACAACUUGUCGCCAAAGCUGGAUGGGAUAUUGCAAUCGGUUCCCACGACUUGGGGCCCAAAGGUCGGCAAGGACAAACUCGUGAUCGGUGGAUGUGUUGGAAAAGGCGGCAGUGGUGUAUGUGCAGAUUAUGGUGACGUUCCAACGACCACGCAGCUCACGGCGUACGCCACGACCGGUGCCAAAUACCAAGGCGCGAUGUUGUGGACGUCAUCAGCAGACUGGCGACUCAACAAAGGCGCCACGACCGUGCUGAUGGGCAAAGCGGGCAAUUACGGUGUCGAUUGGUAAUUGUGCCAGCGAAGAUUUAUGUCGUCUCGAGUCCUCCACUAGCCGCCCGUCUUGUUUAUCGUAUCUUUCUCCAUUAGAGUAUUGUGCUAUUCACAUAAAAUUUCCAAAACUUCGGAGUAAAUCGAUUCUUUCAAAUCGAUUUGAAAUGGUUUUGGACGUCCC